AUGGCAAACUAUACGCAUCAACGUCAGUCACCCACUGUACGCACCGCCACUCCUAAUGCAGCCGCCCGCGAAUUCAACCGUCCGGCAAUUGAUCUCAAUCGUCCGGCUCAGGAUGAUCGGAUGGACAAUCAGGGUCCGAAUUCUUAUUUUUCCGAUUGCAAGAGCAAUGUCCCUGUCGGUCAAUCUGGCACUCCUCCGAUCCUGUUCACCGGUGGCGGGUUGUUGGAGCACAACGAGGGAGACAAGGUCCACCACCUCAUCAAGGAGAGAUUCGUGUCAAGUCUAGCUGCGGUUGGGGUGCAAGUUACCUUCGUGGCCGUCCACAAGAAUUGUUACUCUGGUGUCUCGGCAAAAGGACGGGUCGAAGCGUUUCAGGUUUACUCACGGGCUGUGCGGAUGAAAGGCGGCGCCAACACCGCUAACAUGAAGUACGCAUGGUACGCAACUUCAAAGGAAGAGAUAUCCAAGAUCUUGUCCUAUGGCUUUGGCUACAGUGGGAAGCCAGAGAACAAUGACUUGCAUGGUCGUGGAGUUUAUUUUACUCCUUAUGGUUAUCCUCUUGAAAGUGUUAAAUCCGCUCCUAUCGAUGAAGAUGGCUUAAGGCAUUUGUUGCUUUGCCGGGUCUUACUGGGGAAAACGGAGCUUGUCGGUCCUGGCUCAGAACAGUCUCAUCCUAGUUCGGAGCAAUACGACUCAGGAAUUGACAAUUUAUCAUCUGCUAGGAGAUACAUUAUUUGGAGCACCCACUUGAACACUCAUGUGUUGCCGGAGUACAUUGUCAGCUUUAGAGCCCCUUGUUGCUUGAGAGGGUUCUUGACAACUCCGGAGAAGUCACUGAAAUCGACUGUCCCUUGGAUACCAUUUCCGAUAAUGAUUUCGGAACUCUCGAAGAUCUUACCUUCAUCUGAUGUCAAUUCGAUCUCCAAAUUUCAUAAGGACUACGAAGAUAUGAAGAUUCCAAGGCAUGAGCUAAUACAGAAAUUCAGGCAAAUAGCAGGGGAUGGGUUGCUAAGUGGAAUCUUCAAAAAUUUCAAAAAUAAGCCGGUACACCUUUGCACCCGCUAUGACACUUCCUUGUGUUAUUUGGGGUACGAGGUUUUUGUGUGCGGCAUUCUCUUUGUAAUUAGCGCUGUGGGAACCACUCCUGAUGCAGUCGCACGGGAAGUCAACCAUCCAGCGAUUGAUCUCAAUCGUCCAGCUCCGGAUGAUCCAAUGAACGAUCAGGAUCCGAAUUCUUCCAUCUCCGAUUGCGAGAGUGUUGUCUCUGCCGAUCAAUCUGUCACUCCUCCAUUGCUGGUCAUCGGCGGUGUGUUGAUGGAACUCAGCGAGGGAGACUAUGUCCACCACCUUAUCAAGGAGCACUCGGUCUCGAGGCUAGCUAUGCUUGGGGUGCAAGUUACCUUGGUUACAAUCCAAGGAAAUUGCUACUUUGAUGUCUCGGCAAAAGCACGGGCUGAAGCGUUUCAAGUUUACUCACAGGCAGUGUAG